GGCGGCGCGGCGGAGCCGGGAAGGAGGAGGGGAACCGGGAGAAGGGUCAGCCGCGCCGAGGGCGGCGGAGCGGCAGCCGCGCAGUUCGGCUCCCGCGCCUCUCCGCGCCGGGCGCCCAGAAAGGGCGCGUAGCUUCCGCCGCCGGGAUGCGGCCGCCUGCGCUGCUGGCGCUUCUCAGCUGCUCUGCGGCUUUUGCUUUGGCAUCUGAAGAUACAAAGAAAGAAGUCAGGCCUUCUCAGGAUUUGGAGCAAAGUAGUAUAUCAAGGAAAAAUAACAUAGACUUAAAAGAAGUCGUAUUUGUCAUCCAGAGUCAAAGUAAUUCUUUUCAUGCCAAGAGAGCAGAGCACUUGAAAGGAAACAUCUUAAAGCAGGCUGAGAAUCUGACACAGGAGCUCCCCAGAGUCCUCCUUCUCCAUCAGUUGGCAAAGCAGGAAGGUGCUUGGACCAUCCUUCCCUUGUUACCACACUUUUCUGUAACAUAUAGCAGAAAUUCAUCAUGGAUUUUCUUCUGUGAAGAAGAGACAAGAAUACAGAUCCCAAAACUCUUAGAAACACUCAAACGGUAUGACCCAUCCAAGGAAUGGUUUUUAGGAAAAGCAUUACAUGAUGAAGAAUCUACAAUAAUUCACCAUUACGCCUUUUCUGAAAAUCCUGCAGCUUUUAAAUAUCCAGACUUUGCUGCUGGCUGGGCCCUUAGUAUUCCGCUUGUGAACAAGCUUGCCAAGAGACUAAAGAGCGAAUCCCUGAAAUCUGACUUUACAAUAGAUUUAAAACAUGAGAUUGCCCUCUACAUCUGGGACAAAGGUGGAGGAUCUCCUCUCACUUCUGUGCCUGAGCUUUGUAUAGAAGGCAUGGACUCCCGCUGUGCUACCACAUUCCAUUCUUUCCUCCCACUGUGUGGAAAACCAGUGAAGAAGGAGGAUAUUUUUGUUGCAGUAAAAACAUGCAAGAAAUUUCAUGGUGAUAGAAUACCUAUUGUAAAGCAGACGUGGGCAGGACAGGCAAACCACAUCGAAUACUACAGUGACUAUGCAGAAAGUCCCAUCCCUACUGUGGAUUUGGGAAUUCCUAAUACAGACAGAGGAUUUUUGAAUCAUAGCCAUGACAAAAUAUCAUGGCUAGUUAUUGUCGAUGAUGAUACAUUAAUAAGCAUCUCCAGGCUCCAACACUUGCUCAGCUGCUAUGACUCCCAUGACCCCGUGUUUCUGGGUGAGCGCUACGGCUAUGGCCUGGGCACUGGCGGCUACAGCUACAUCACGGGAGGUGGCGGCAUGGUCUUCAGCAGGGAAGCCAUCCAGAGACUUCUCGCCAGCAAGUGCCGAUGCUACAGCAAUGAUGCUCCUGAUGACAUGGUCCUGGGCAUGUGCUUCAGUGGGCUAGGAAUCCCAGUGACACACAGCCCACUCUUUCAUCAGGCUCGGCCAGUAGAUUACCCUAAGGACUACCUUUCUCAUCAGAUUCCUAUAUCAUUCCAUAAACACUGGAACAUUGAUCCUGUGAAGGUGUAUCUCACGUGGCUGGCACCGGGUGAGAAAGACAAAGCCACGCGGGAGACAGGGAGAGGUCCUAGAGAAGAAUUAUGAAGCGGAGUGAGUCUGGGAGGAGCAGUAGCAGAGGUUCUCGUUGUCCUCUGAGCUGCGCUCCCGCUGCUUGGGUGUGCCACAGCAGUACAUGCGUCCUGACCUUCGUGGAAAUAAUGUAUGUAGUAUUUUUUGAUGGGUAAAGGAGUCAUAGAGGAAAAUGCCUUUUUUUCUGGGAAAAAAUUCACUUGUUUUGACAGAUACAGUUAUUGUAACAUGAUGAUUACUGUGUGUUUUUUUUCAAGCUGUGUGAUAGUUUUAUAACUGUUAGAGAAAAAUAAAUGGUACCAGAAAUCCCUUUCCUGUUCUCUCUCUUCAUUAUAACGAGCCUCAGUUGGGGAGGGGACUAUAAUAGAAAGCUAUGACUGGCUGUCAUUCUACAUAAAGAUUGAGUCUUUUGAUAUGGAAUGCCAAUGGGAUGAACUUUUAAACAGCACUGUAGAUGAUGCAAUUUAGCUCCUGGGAACUAGGUAGGUAUAAUGUAUUGAGGGUGAGUCAUACACAUCCUAGAAACAUCAAUAUGAAAUCCCCUGUAGUCUAUGUAAUCACAGUUGCUAUGUUUUACCUAUUUUUUUGGCCUG